GCUGGCCUGAGAGAAUGUCGAAACGACCGCUCGUCCACGAACGACCAACCCAUCCAGGCUGGGGAAGACAGUGGAGUUCGUCCAAAAGCAACAUGUUAUAGGAUUCAAGGGAUCCCCAUCACCGUGACAGAAGAGAACCUUCAGCGUCAGCUAGCUCCGACUGUUGGCGGGCAAGAGUCGUCCAACCUUCAUCUGACCCUCGCGAGGUCAUUCGGCGAGUAUCAGACUGCGACCUUUAUGUCAACUAGUAUCCCAAGGAAUCUGGAAUACCCUGUCGACGCAGAAUUCAUCGGCAUAACCCCGUUGUUUGAGCCAAAAGAUGCUAAAAUAGACAUUAUUGCAGUUCACGGCCUAGGCAGCCAUGCGGUCGGCGGAUUCAAAAGUAAAGGGACCAACCACGUCUGGCUACGCGAUAGCCUUCCACACGAUAUACCCAACAGUCGGAUCCUCCUCUAUGGAUACGAUUCAUCGGUCAUGAACAAGGAUCAUAGAAUAUCAAUAUCUGGGUUAGGGAAAACCUUUUUGAGCUCUUACAAGACCUUUCGGAAGGAUACAAAGGCACUGUGCCUCGCCUCGGAUGGCGAGAGAGAUUCCCAAAACAGGGACUUUUGCAGGUCUUCACACGGGCUGGUGUUCUUUGGUGUCCCGAAUCUGGGGCUCAAGCACGAAAGCCUCAAAGAAAUCACCCGUGAACAUCUGAAUAGGCAACUCAUACUGGAUCUCUCGGUCGACACAGAAUCCGAGCCGACUUCUUAUCUUCAAGGCCUUCAGGAGAGGUUUGUUAGCUGCCACCGAAAGCAAAAGCCGCCAAUGAAAAUCGUAUCAUUUUAUGAGGAGAAGAAAACACCCACUGUUGCGGUCGAUAAUACUGGGAAGCUGGGAAGGGCAGGUGAAUCAUGCUUCAUGGUCACAAGAGAGUCAGCUUGUCGAAUAGGUUUUGAGGACGAUACACACAGCCAACAACCACUGCCCUUUGAUCAUUCUGAUUUGGUCAAGUUUAUGCGCCGUGAGGAUCCGAGUUACAGGAUUGUCCAAGGCAAGCUGGGAGAUCUUGUUCAGGAAGGUUGCGAUUCUGUCCCUAGACGGUUCCAAUCGGAUAUCGAACUCUCUGAAGAACAGAAACGGCAUUGGGAUGACUUGAAUGUCCCCGACUACCGGGCCUUUUAUAAAAAUGAAGAAAAGCUAGCAAAGCCGGUGGAAGGGUCGCUUCAAUGGCUCGUGAGCAAAGAUUCCCAAAGGCCGCAGGGCGAGGAUAGCUUGCAAUACGAAGACUUCGAGACAUGGAGAGAUGGCCCAACAUCAUCUUCCCUUCUAGUUCUUGGACCGCCAGGACUGGGAAAGUCAGUACUGUCAAACUUUGUGGUAAACCACAUCCAGCAGUCUGUCAAGGACCGGUGCAACGACAAAGUCAUCUUCUUCUUCUGUAAUAUCAAGGACGACAACGCACGGACUGCAUCAUCAGUUCUCCGGGCUUUAAUAGUACAGCUAUGCACGGAUAAGAGAUACUUUCAGAAACUCCCGAAUCGAUUCCAAACCAAGGGGGAGUCCAAAACCUUCCAUUCGGCCGCCUUUGACGAGCUAUGGCGAACCUUUGAUGAUAUGGUGCAGAGCGGUCUACAUCGUCGCAUCUUCUGCAUUAUAGACGGACUGGAUGUGUAUGAGACUGCAGGAAUGGAACAUCUCGUCACCAAGCUGGGAGAGAUGGCAGGGCGAUGCCCAAUCCGGCUAUUAUUUACUAGCAGGCCCGAUGGCCCAGUGGGAAGCUUCCCGCCGGAAACAAGACGGAACCUCAGACAGCCCAACCAUGACGUCCAAGUGUUCAUUACGAAACAACUGGAAUUGCUGCCGAGAAGUUUCAGCAGGUUUCAUACCGACAUUCGUGAGGGAAUCUUGGGCCGUGCAGGAGGCACGUUCCUCUGGAUACACAUCAUACUAAAGGAGAUUCGCAGAAUAGAUUUCCCCAACAGGAAAUCAGUCCAGAAAGUCAUCGAGAAGACGCCCCGGGAGCUCGACGAGCUAUACACUGAUCUGUUCCGAGCCGCCUCAAGAGGGAAACAUGCCAUUGCCAUUCUGGCCUGGGUGGCAUAUGCCAAGAGGCCACUUUCUUUGAGAGAGCUGGAGACAGCAGUAGCGGUCAUGCUCACCAACAGCGGCAAUUGGGCGGACUGCCUCGAGGACAGGAUUUCUCUCGAUGCUGACCUGAUCAAAGAGAGGCUGGGAACCCUGAUUGAUGUCAUUGAUGGAGAGCUGUUUGUGAUCCAUCAAUCGUUAUUGGACUUUCUCAAAAGUCGACCUACAAUAUGGCAUGAAGGGGAUUUGGAACUGCAGCUUCCGCGACCGAAUCUCGCACUAGGGAGAGCGUGCAUGAGAUACUUGAGCUUUGGAGAUGUCACCAUUCGAAAAGAUGAAAUCUCAGUCGAGGAAGAUUGUUCCGGCAAAGAAGGGGCUACCUUCCUUCGAUACGCCGCAACGUAUUGGCAUGAGCACAUAGAAAGCAUUGAUGAUGUGAAAGACAGCAUCGACCUGGUUCAAAGCAUUCUCAUGGGCUCAAACCAUGAGCACUGGACACGAUGGAAUGAGAGGAAAGUCUGGUACCGUACCUCGUCGAUAUUCGACAUCUGUGUUUAUUUUGAUAUUGGAUGGCUUGCAAGUGGACUGAGCGAUCCAAGCGUUCCCGAGCUUUCACACCAAUUCACCGAAGAGAGCCUGGUUCAAAUUGCCAUGUAUGCGCCAAAGGUGCUCAGCCAUAUAUUACAAAAUGACAUAAUGCCAGGAUUUCAAAUCACGCCCAGAGUGGUUACAGCAGCAGCAGUGAGUCCUUAUGAGACUCUAAAGCUGCUACUGGAGCACAGAGGUGAUGAGAUUCCAACCACGCCUGAGAUAGUUACAGCAGCGGUACGGAGUAAGAUGGAGGUGCUCGAGUUUCUGCUGGAGAAGAGAGGUAACGAGUUCCAGAUCACACCCGAGGUGGUUGAACUGGCAGCAGGGAGUCCUUAUGGGACUCUAAAGCUACUGCUGGAGAAGAGAGGUGAUGAGAUUCCAAUCACGCCCGAGUUAGUUACAGCAGUAGCAGGAAAUACGGUGGAGGCGCUCGAGUUUCUGCUGGAGAAGAGAGGUAAUGAGUUCCAAAUCACGCCCGAGGCGGUUGAACUGGCAGCAGGGCGUUCCUCGAAGAAUCUCAAGCUGCUGCUGGAGAAGAGAGGCGAUGAGUUCCAGAUCACGCCUGAGGCGGUUGCCGCAGCAGCACGGCGUUCUCCCAAGACUCUCAAGCUGCUGCUGGAGAAGAGAGGUGACGAGAUCCAAAUCACGCCUGAGGUGGUUAUAGCGGCAGUGAACGGCUAUCGUGUGAAGGAGACGAUCGAGAUUCUGCUGGAUAAGAAAGGAAAUGAGAUCCAAAGCACGCCUGAGGUAUUUAUAGCGGCAGCAGGGCAUCAGAAUGGCAUGAAGUUGCUUGAGUUUCUGCUAGAGAAGAGAGGCGAUGAGAUUCAGAUCACGCCUGAGGUACUUAUAGCAGCAGCAUGGAGAUCUCCUGAGAAUCUAAAGCUGCUACUGGAGAGGGGAGGCGAUGAGAUUCAUAUCACGCCUGAGGUGGUUAUAGCAGCAGCACUAGCGGCAUGGGGAUCUUCUGAGAAUCUAAAGCUGCUACUAGAGAAGAAAGGUGAUAAGAUCUUAAUCACACCCAAGGUGGUUAAAGUAGCAGCAGCAUGGGGCUCUUCUGAGAAUCUGAAGCUGCUACUAGAUAAGGGGGGUGACGAGAUUAAGAUCACGCCUGAGGUGGUUGUAGCAGCAGCUGUAGCAGCAUGGGGUUCUUCUGAGAAACUAAAGGUACUGCGAGAGAAGAGAGGCGAUGGGAAUCGGCUUACCCAUGAGCUGUUUAUGGCAGCAACAGAAGCAUAUGGCUCUUCUGAAGAUCUCAAGUUGCUGCUAGAGAAGAGAGUCGAUGAUUUUCCAUUCACGCCUGAGGUAGAUACAAUAGCAGCAUUGCGUUCUUCUGGGAAUCUAAAGCUGCUGCUGGAGGAGAGAGGCGACGAGAUUCGGACAAUGCUGAUAUCGAGCAAUUUUUGCCAUGGGGAGAAGAUACAGGAGAUGGAAAGAGACGAGUUACUAGAGUUGUGCAGAAUAGUUGUUGAGAAAGCGGUCAGUGCUGAGAAA